AUGAAAGGUCUAAUUCUAGUUGGUGGUUACGGUACCAGAUUGAGACCGCUAACUUUGACAGUGCCAAAGCCUUUGGUCGAAUUUGGUAACAGACCCAUGAUUCUGCACCAAAUCGAAGCUUUGGCCGCUGCCGGUGUCACCGACAUCGUGUUGGCUGUCAACUACAGACCUGAGGUCAUGGUCGAAACGUUGCAAAAGUACGAAGCGGAGUACGGUGUCAACAUCACUUUCUCCGUCGAGACUGAGCCUUUGGGCACGGCUGGUCCGUUGAAACUCGCCGAACAAGUGUUGAAGAAGGACAACUCGCCUUUCUUCGUGCUUAACUCGGACGUCAUCUGCGACUACCCCUUCCAGGAACUCGCUGACUUUCACAAGGCACACAGUGGUAAAGGUACGAUCGUCGCCACCAAGGUCGACGAGCCUUCCAAGUACGGUGUCAUCGUGCAUGACAUCGCCACUCCUAACUUGAUUGACCGUUUCGUCGAAAAGCCAGUCGAGUUCGUCGGUAACAGAAUCAAUGCCGGUUUGUACAUUCUAAACCCUGAGGUGAUCGACCUCAUUGACUUGAAGCCAACCUCGAUCGAGAAGGAAACUUUCCCCAUCUUGGUUGAGCAGAAAUCCUUGUACUCCUUCGACCUUGAAGGCUACUGGAUGGACGUUGGUCAGCCAAAGGACUUCUUGUCCGGCUCCGUGUUGUACCUAAACUCUUUGUCCAAGAGAAAGCCAGCUUCGAUGGCCAAGGGUGACAACAUUGUUGGCAAUGUUAUUGUCGACCCAACCGCCACGAUCGCUCCAACCGCCAAGAUUGGCCCUGACGUCGUGAUUGGUCCUAACGUUACCAUCGGUGACGGUGUCAGAAUCACCAGAUCUGUCGUCUUGUGCAACUCUCACAUCAAGGACCAUGCUCUGGUCAAAUCCACCAUUGUUGGCUGGAACUCCACUGUAGGUAAAUGGGCCAGAUUGGAAGGUGUAACUGUGUUGGGUGACGAUGUCGAAGUUAAAGACGAGGUCUACGUCAACGGUGGUAAAGUCUUGCCUCACAAGUCCAUCUCUGCUAACGUUCCAAAGGAAGCUAUUAUUAUGUGA